CAUUUAGACUUUUUAUCCCCUCUUCCCCUUUCUUCCUCUUCUUCCCCGACUCGUCUCCGGCCGAGCUCCGAUCACAGCCUUCCGUCCGCCAUGGUGAUGCUGAUAGACUGCUCCCUCUGCCGUACACCGCUGCAGCUGCCGCCGGGGGCGAGGUCGAUCCGGUGCGCCAUUUGCCAGGCUAUCACCCACGUGGCGGAGCCCAGGAGCAUCGCCGGCCCCCCGGGCCCCUCCUAUGGGCACCUGCCGCAAGGCCCACCCCCGCUCCCGUCGCCGGCGCCGUGGUUACCUCCACCGGCCGCCCACGGGCGGAAGAGGGCGGUGAUAUGCGGGAUAUCGUACCGGAACUCGCGGCACGAGCUCAAGGGCUGCCUCAACGACGCCAAGUGCAUGCGCUACCUCCUCGUCAACCGCUUCCACUUCCCCGAGGCCUCGAUCCUCAUGCUCACAGAAGAAGAAAGUGAUCCACAUAGGAUUCCAACCAAACAAAAUAUAAGGAUGGCAUUGUAUUGGCUUGUACAAGGUUGUCAACCGGGAGAUUCUUUACUAUUCCACUACUCUGGUCAUGGUUCGCAACAACGAAACUAUAGUGGAGAUGAAGUUGAUGGCUAUGAUGAGACCCUCUGUCCACUGGACUUUGAAAGACAAGGAAUGAUUGUUGAUGAUGAAAUCAAUGCAACCAUAGUCAGACCACUUCCUCCUGGUGUCAAGCUUCAUGCUAUUAUAGAUGCUUGCCACAGUGGCACUGUAUUAGAUCUACCAUAUCUUUGCAGAAUGAACAGGAGUGGGGAGUAUGUAUGGGAAGAUCAUCGCCCACGAUCUGGUAUUUGGAAAGGUACAAGUGGUGGUGAAGUCAUCUCCUUCAGCGGUUGUGAUGACAACCAAACCUCCGCUGAUACCUCGGCUCUGUCAAGGAUCACCUCAACAGGCGCCAUGACUUACUGUUUUAUCCAAGCCAUCGAGAAGGGAAAUGAAAACACAUAUGGAAGUAUGCUAAAUUCCAUGCGAUCAACCAUCAGAAACACCAGUAAUACAAUGAGUGGUGGUCCUGUUACAUCACUCCUUACCAUGCUGUUGACUGGAGGCAGUCUAGGUGGUGGAUUGCGACAGGAUCCACAGCUGACUUCCAACACUAUGUUUGAUGCAUACAGCAAGCCAUUCUCUUUAUGAGUUGCAUUCCUGCCAGCCUUCUCUUAUCACAAUCAUGCAGCAUGUUCGAUUCCUUCUUGGUCUACUUCUUUGCAGUUUGUGUGCACUAGGGAUUCGGCGAUUUUAAGGAUUCUCUGUUUACCUCUCCUUGCUAAUGGUUGUGUUAUUAUUAACUCGUGCAAUACAUAUUUUACUUAUAUUAUCUGGGGGGGUGUGGGAUAAAGAGAACCUUUCAUAAAAAUUGAGAAGACAGUUUGGCAAGCAGGGAGAGGUAUCUUCUUGGUUAAUUAUUUGAAACUCUUGCUGCUGGGGAGUAUUGCAAAACAUUUGAUAAACUAUGCAAUUUGAAGGAGUGGCGAUUAUCUUUUCAGUUAUA